AUGAGGGUACCCCAGCGGAACCUCAAUCACUGUGAGGCCGCACAUGAUCUGCUUAUGCAGACGGUGCGUGAGCUGGAAAUAGACCUGGCGCUGAUCUCGGAGCUGUAUAGACACCUGGCCACACAACCGUGGGUAACGGAUACCACUACUAGGGCCGUUAUUUGGUCCUGUGGUAAGUGUCCGUUCCAGAGCGUGGUCAAUUGUGGAGAGGCGUACUUUGUGGCGGCUAAGCUGGAGGGAAUUCGUUUCUACAGCUGUUAUACUCCACUCAGCCUCAAUUUCGAUGAGUUCACCAUCUUUCUGGAUCGACUGACUGAGGAUGCGAGGCAGCACUUACCUGUGGCAGUUGUCGGGGACUUCAAUUCCUGGGCGGUCGACUGGGGCAGCAGGUACACCGAAGGAAGGGGAGGAGCACUACUGGAGGCUAUGUCAACCAUAGAUGUAGUUCUCUUCAAUAGUGGUGAAAAACCAACAUUCAUGCGAGGAGAGGCAAGUUCGAUUGUGGACCUUACCUUUGUGAGCAGUGCUCUCGUGAGGGGGAAUUACUCCUGGGAAGUGGCAGAUAUCUACACAGCCAGUAACCACUGUGCAAUACUAUGGGAGGUAUCGACGGUUCAGAUGGUUGGAGAAGCAUGCCCGAAAACCAAUACAAUUGGCUGGAAGGUUAGCAACUUCGACUUUGACACGUUUUUGGUUGCGCCGGACGUUCGCCCAAUCGAUGGUAGAAAUGCCAUGGAGAAGAAUGAUCGAAUCGCUACCCUUCGUAAGGAGUGUUUCAGGGUGAGGAGGUUAUCACAACGUAGCAGGAAAAAGCCAAACUCCGAAGAACUGGAGGCCCAAUACAAGAGUGCGCGCCGAGAACUGAAUAAGGCAAUCAAGUGCAGCAAGAGGCAAGGCUGGAAGGAGCUAGUGGAUGGAGUUGAGGAUGAUACAUGGGGAAGGCUCUAUAAGGUCGUGAUGUCGCGGCUGAGAAGUCAGCCGAUGCCCUCAUCGACAUGUCCCCAGCUCCUGGAGAAAAUCGUCUCGGUGCUGUUCCCUCAACAAAGAGAGCUCAACCGGCUAUCAAGACAAUGUGAGGUGGAGGCCAUCCCGCCUAUCACAGAGGAUGAACUGAUGGAAGCAUGCGGUAGAGUAGGCAAUACCAAAGCCCCUGGUCCAGAUGGUAUACCAAACAUUGCGCUGAAAGCAGCUAUUAAGGCAGUGCCAGCGCUGUUUUUGGAUGCAUACGUCGGUGGAUGGACAGUGGAGUUGACACUGGCAGAACACAAAACGGAGGCCGUGCUGAUUACUAGUCAGAAAAAGUUGAGACAAUCACGCUGA